AUGCAGCGAUACGUGGCGAAGCAUCCCUUUCAGGGGGAUGUCCGCCAGUCUCAACUGUCGUUUCCACAGGGGACCAUGAUCACAGCCAAAUUGGGACAGUCGGGAGCCUGGUGGUGGGGUGCCUGCAAUGGCAAGGAAGGAUGGUUUCCACCAACGUACGUGACGGCUGCUCCGCAAGCAGCUCCUACACAGUCCUUUGGUCAGCCACAGCAGCAACAACAGCAACAACCAAAUGUGUCCAUGCAACAAAGAAUGCAACAAGCUAGUUUCCCUUCGUCGGUCAACCAGCAGCAAAGACAAACAUAUCCACAGCAACAGGGAUAUCCACAGCAGCAGCAACAGCAGCAGCAACAACAGGGAGGAUUUCAUCAGCAACAACAACAAUUUGGUUCGCCUCAUCUGCAACAGCAGCAGCAACAACCCUUCAGUAAUAUGGCAGCGGCUAGACCACAGGCGGCUGCCUAUCAACCUGCCCAAAUUUCCGAUCCCUUUGCUGGGUUGGACAAUAUGGGGCCUUCUGCUACUGGGUUUGGAGCCACAACUUCCCAGUUGCCUUCCCCUGAUUCUACCAUGCCUACUGGAAUGCCAGCGGCUCAGGCACAAAGCAUGGGAGCCUUGCCCGGCUUUGGAUCGCCCGCCAGCAGCCAAGGGCCACCGUCUCCUCUCAGGACUACUUCUGCAGCUCCUCCCGCUGCACCAUCUCCUACACAAGCUCAAAUUUCAAACAUGUCCGUUUCACAGUUGCGAAAUUUGGCACGAGAGCGAGGCGUCGAUGUCUCCAAUUGCAUUGAACGCGGAGACAUGGUGCAGCGACUUCAAGGAGCGUCCACCAUGCGAGGAACUUCUGGUACUGGGGGAAUUCCUUCUCCUGGGCGUUCCACGUCUCCUGUACCACCAUCGCAACAACAACAACAACAACAAGCAGCACAGCGAUCCCGUCCUCAUACACCCCAACAAAAUGCCAGCGCGUCCAGAGCUCGAUCCACCAGUCCAGUUCCUCCCGCCAAAUCUCGCACAGUGUCGGCUGUCCCAACUCCAGCUAGUGCUAAAAAGGCGCAAGAAGCAUCCGCUGCCCCACAACAACGAACACCACCCAGACCGAGCAAAUCGUUUUCGUCGGUGAGCUCCAAAGAGAGCCCAAGUCCGAACAAGGCUAAGGGUGCUCCCCCGCGAAGCCAUUCACAGUCACCCUCCAAGCCAGGGUCGCUCAAAGACAUGGCCGAGACGGCAGAAGCACGUGUGGCUCCUUCUGCAGGGACAAAGGGUCCCACACAACUUUCGCCAGAAGAACUGAGAGCCCUCAAGGAACGGGAACGAGAAGAAGCCGACCAAAAGGCACAGCUGCGACGGGAAAAGGCAGAAAUGCGAGGACAUCACGAACCCGAAACCAAUGCUGGAGGAAUUGGAACCAGUGGAAUUGCAUUGUCUACAACAGCCUCGGGUGAAAUCGAAGUUGGAUUGUCAACACGAUUGCAAGAAGAAAGCGAAGCCAGCAAAUACGUCACAUUCAAUGCGUUUGAUUAUUUGUCCGGUACUACAGGUGGCAAACCUACGCGAAAGUUCUAUCCCAUCUACCGAGUUCCACCCUUUUGGGCUCUUUUGAAUUUGCAGACGUACAUUCGAAGACAGCCCAUUCCACCUGAAAAAUUGAAUGAUCGCGCAGCCAUGUAUGAACGAUUGGCCAAGGCGCUCAGCUUUGUCUCGCAUGUCUGUGCCGAGUCUCCGUCGUUGAGAUACUUGAGACACAAUCACAUGGCUUGCGAGGCAUGUAUCAAGCUGAUUUCCAUUUUGCCCCAUUCAGCAGGUGCAUCGGGAAAGAAUUUGGAUGCGCUAUUUUUGAAUUUUAUCAAUGUCUUUGUGCCUCUGAUUGACAAGGUGCAGCCAAACCAGCAGCUUGUCUUGCCUGGUGGAUGGCAACAACCAGACUAUUGCAAUAUUUGCCUUUACGUUGUUCGAAACUGCGGCGACAACAAAUGGAGUUUCACGAUCUGCAACACCAGCAAGGACGGUCUCGAAUACCACCCUUCGUCCUUUGACCCAGAAACUGGGCGUCAGUUGAAGCAGCUUGCCAUGACAAUUUGGGAAAUUCCGUCUGCCAGGCUCCUAGAUUCGACGUUCUGGAUUCUGCUAUUUCGCAUGCAAGUCUACCCUUCGCGAAAGAACACAGCCGAGUUCCUCUACACGAAAUUGCUUCCGGCAUUGAACUCGAGGCCGCUUCUUUCCAAUUUGGAUCAAGGCCCCGCUGAAUACCUCGAAGUCCCGGACGCGAUUACUGCCUCCACGAUGCAUCCCUUGGCAAGGUUGGCUCUGACCACCAGUCCUGCCAUAGGGCAACGUAGCUCUGUUUACUCGACCCUCUUGGUGAUGAACGCGGCGCUCAGUCUAGCCUACAAAGAAAUUGAGAAUGCACCGGCUCACUCGUUGGACCCGGAAGACACUCGUAUUCUCAAGCUGGCGGGAAGAAACUUGUCCAGUUUUGCCGCCACUAUGGAUCCGUCAAAGGUCGGAGACGACACCUUGCUCGCUGGUCUUUCGGCAACGUGGGAUUUUUUGGAUCGAUUCCUGAAGAAAAUCAACUACACGGCGUCCAGACCUAUGGAUCAGUACAGUCAUGGCCUGUCAAAGUCAGCAAUGAAAGACGAAUUCUCGAGAGGAAUCAUCACGUCACUCAAAACAUCGGCUGGCAGCGCGGCGCAUCCUCUGUUUGGACGGAUGCGACGAGAUGACUAUGAAAAUGUCGUCAAGAGGCUGAUGGGCGAUCCCAGGCAAGAUCCCAUUUUGAUCCCCGCUGUCCUCACCGAUGAAGGAUUGCCCCCAGUGGCUAUUGACUAUGCCACGGCAUCGUCUUCCUUGCAACGAAUCGCGGAUGCCUGCAGUCUUCUUCUCCAGCAACGACGACUCGUGAAGAACUCUCCAGCAUUUGCAGCUUCUGCGGCGCAGUAUUGCUUGACCCACAUCCUGCCCAUGCCCAACGCGGAUCCCAAGUUUUGUUUCUGGAGGAAGGGUCAGAUGCGACGCGAAACGCAAGUCAAUUUGUUGUUUUUGAUCCGUCGUAUUGUCCGAAUCUACGCCGCGGCGACAGCCUGUGUUCAACAGUCACGUGGUUUGGUGGCCAUCAGAUCAACGGCACUAGCAGCAGGUGCUUGUGUCGCGGACGCUAUCUGUCGAGUCAAAGCAGUGGAUGACCCUAGUGCCUUCUGUCUCCAUUACUCGGGGCUAUGUGAAGGUCCCACGGAGCCGUUCGGCAUAGAGGCUGGCAGUUAUGACUCACUCGGGUCCAAUUUACCGAUAUAUGAUCCUGUGCUGUGUGCACUCCGUUUUCAGUGUCUCGAUUAUUUGCGGGGUCUCACAUUGAAGGACGACGGCAGCAAACGCAAUACGAUUUUCAAUUUUGACAAGAGUCUCACUGCCAUGGAUGGAGAUCUGGUUCUGAUCAAUCAGCUCUCGAUUCAGUUGGCAUUUCAGCGUCCUCACCCACCCACGCCUGAAGCGGUCGCCAACCAUGCCACGAUGCUCAUCUCGGGAAGGAACGGAUCCAUGUUGGAGGUGCUUCCUGAUUUCGAGUAUUUCCGUGACAUAGUCUUUGCAUUCCGUCACGCGGUCUCUGGAAAGGCCCAAACCGCACAAGAUGUCCCCGACACUCACACCUGGUUGCCCUCUGAUGCCACUCUUCACUGGGAAGUGAAGCGCAUCCAAAAGGACAAUCCCUUGCUCGAGUACUCGGUCAAGGCAUUCCAUGGGCACCCUCAAGGGUUUGUCGAAGUCGUCGCGCAGCAAGCUACUGUCAAGACCAAGCAGAAAGGUUUCCUGUCACUGUUUUCCAGCAAAGAAAAAGAAGUCCGGGCUCGACUUUCCUCUGCUGAUCCCAACACGGUAAUCAACUCUUGUGGAGAAAAGUUUCUGAACAAACGGAACGCCAAACCCAUUUCUGUUCACACGGAGGAUGACAUUCUACACCUUGAAAACAAAGAGCUUCCUACUUUCGGACAUGUCCUUAGUCCCUCGGACUCGGAGAGAUUUGUGCAGUUCCUUACAGCACCGUACAUUCGAAUCCCCCUGAUCAUGGAUUUCUUCGCAAAUGGAGACCCCACCCGUCUCUCCGGCUUGAAGACCAAGUCCCUGCAAAUGAUUGUUGACGCCGCGCUCUUUGAACCAGGCCGAUGGAAGCCUGCUGACUACACGGACACGAUCACUGAGAUUCCGGUGGUUAACUAUGACAAACUCGAGGAAUUACUGGCAACGGCGCAUGGAACAAUGUUCAACGAAAUUGCUAAGUCUCCUGACGUGAUUACGACUUGCGUCGUCAAAAUGCUUGAACGAGCACUCGAUAUGGAUGUCGGGAAAUAUACCAAGAAGGCCUCCUCUGGGCCUCUAAUUCUCUACCUUAUUCGACUUGCUGUGCGCAUUGAGGGAUACAUGAAAUAUGCGUUGAAGAAAUGCAUCCCCGGCCAACCAAGGCCUCGCGGGCUCGAGUCACUGAGCAACAUCAAAGUGGAGGCUUCCUUAAAGAAGAUCCGUGCACUGUUGGAUUCACAGGCCAUUCCCACCCUGGAGUACUGGAUCCACCCUAACCGUUGCAAAGACGUUGACGUGAUGAAUCUUGUUCACGCACAUUUGCUGUAUCUGUUCAAAAACUACGACUACGAAGAUUUGGAUUACCGUGCAGUGUCAGUCAUUUUGUCUUCCCAAGUCUACUUGACCAUCAAUCACAGGUUCAGCACGAAGGUGUACGAUGACCUACAGGACACCCACAACCCUACAGCUCCGCCACCGUCCAUUCAGAUUGCUCAGUCCGAGGUUUUCGAUGUGAUUCAAGCGCACCGCUACAACAUUCUCCGCUUCUGCAGAGAAAGAAAAGAAGAUGGAGACCACGCCAUGGAAGCCGUUGUUAGGGUUGCCACUGGAACUGGAAGCCGCGAGGACUCCGAUUUGAAGAAGAGGCAUUGGCAGAGCAUUGGACACCCGACUUGCUAUGGUCGAUUCGUGCCAGACACAGAAGAUGUCAAUCUUCGCGACGGAACCUAUCGAAUACCGAAACCAGGCCAAACUUACGAAGAAUGGAUGCUCUACGUCACAACCAAGGCGGUUGGGAUCGAGGUCAAUCUACAGCUCAGUGACUUUACACUGCAGAAUCACAAGAUGACGCUUCUGGACCCGCACAUUAUGGAGGAUCCCGACUUCGCGGAGACGCGACACUCGGCGCUGAAAGAUGCCAGUGAUGUGGCGUGUGCCGAAGUCAUGCACACGACGAACAGGUACUGGUGGCGUUUAGUGGGUCGCCGUUAUGACAUUGAAUCAUGGAGCCCCGAUUCGAGGAACUACUAUGAUAUCAAGUGGUCGAUGGAUUCGAAGUUCACCAGGAAAUUUCCAAACAGUUUGCGUCCGGGAGAGCGAUGGAUCUCGGAGACACUGGGGGAUAAGCUUGCUCUGAUUCUCCCACAAACAACCCUGUAUAUGACCCCGAACGAUCUCUCGGAGGAGCCGUUUGCUCUGUUGGCGGGAUGGAUCAAAAACCCUGACAGCACAGCGUCCCUUGCAACCCACACUUUGAAGGAAGUAGUUGUUUGGCAAAACCCGCCAGCCAUUGCCAUUUUCAAUGUUGUCGAACAUGGCAGACGCCACAUGCGUGUGCUCCAGUAUACGUCAAACCUGUCCCUUUGCCUGCACGAGGUGAACACUGGCGAGCCGUACCCAGAUCGAGUUGCAGGUAUCCUGGCCCUUUCUGCUGGUGUCCCAAUGACGAAGCAGCUCCCAGCUCCUUCACUUGUCGUCACGAGGGCUCUGAACUCGACCCUUGGAACACAAACAUACGUGCCGCCGAGAUUCCUUGCUGGCAUAAUCCCGUCAAGUCUCAUUGAGAAGUACGUGUUUUGGCAGAGUGAAAACGACGACAUCAUUGGCUACGAGAAAACCACCCAAAUGGAAGAGGACUUGGGCCCGGAGGACAAGAAAAAGGUACCCGACGCUGACGUUCCCUCAUCGAGGCUCAAGAUCACUCUGUCCAAGUCGACUGAUUUCGACAAGACUGGUUUCUGCAAUUCUGCGGCUGAAGCAAUGAUACAGCAAGUUCCCGUCUUGAGCGACGACAAUGAAAUCGAAAAGAGAGACUCCAAUCAACCCGUUCUGACGCUUUUGAGCGUACUCUGCGCACCCCCCUCUUCGCUCCUCAAGCGAGUUGGUAUGCUUUUGUCGCGGUUGGAUAACUUGGCUCAUGUCUUGGUUUGGAGCAAGUCGCAAGUCCAAUCAGCUCACUCUCCGGCUUCGAUCGACGUUAUCGAGUUGCCUCGCGUCAACCUUCGCUUCACCGCAAGGAGUGAGAAGACAAUCGAUGGAAAUGUUGUCAAUCGCAUGUAUAGCAAUGACUACGACGGCCUCUACAUUGCCAUUUCGACGGAGGCCAGAGAAAUUGCGGAAAGACUUUUGGGGUCAAUUGCUCAUUUCAUUGUAUUGCAGAAUGCAGACAACGAUCUGUUUGUCCUCAUUCCCGGCUGUGCUCUGCCGCGAAGGCUCCAUAUGGAUGGUGCUCACUUGUCUGUACAAGUCAUUCUGGAUCGACGAAACCAAGAAUGGAUCGACAACAUUGGAGAAGUCCGAACGUAUCUCUACCCAAUCCACAAUUCACGAUCUUUUCUGGUCACUCCAUCCUUAGCAUCGUCGCUUUACUUGAUGGUCAUGUACUUCAUCACCGGGUCGUAUCAAGACGUCUUCAAGAUGGUCGAGUCUUGCGUGAGCGAAGAUCUGAGCGCCGAAGAACAGCAAAUCUUCAAUCAGCUGGAGUUCCUUGGUAAUGACUUUCACCCGGAUGCGCAUGCCUGUCGAUUGAAGCUCUCGGUGGUCACGGUGGGUCUAGGAGCCGAUUCAAAGAUGAAGUGCCCAUGGAGUAUCAACGCGGAGAUGGAGGAGUAUGUGAAAAAGCAUAUCCAUGUAUCGUCGGCGUGCCGUUUGACAACCGAAGAGGAGAUGCUCCUGCUGCAACUUUGCAGUCCAGACUCUCGAGGACGACUUUCGCUCACACUGUUGAAUCGCAAGGCGUUUGUCACUGCCGUGACGAGUCUUUCCAGUCUCCCAAAGGACAAAACUUUGACAGUCAAGUUGGGCGUCGAAAAGCCUCCGGUUGUCGAAAACAUGGACACUGGCUUGGACAUGACCAUUUUCAACAACCACAAGAAGCUCAUGGUGUCCAGCAAGUUGUUUGGAGCAGCGUACAGCCGACCAGAGGAAGACCUGGGACAGGGCACCAGGACUGCGUUCGGUGGCGCACGAGCCUUGGAGUUUGUCAACGCUGCCGUGUCCUCCGGUAUUGAAAUGGCGUCGUCGCGUUUUGGAUUCCCCCUGAUUUACGAUUUGAUGACUGGGACAGUGGGCUUCAAAGUGCACCCCAACGACAGCCCUUACAACUGGGGUCGAAUGUUCUUCCGUCUGUUGCCUUCGACGGAUUACAAGACAGAGUCUGCGGAGGUGUCGGUGCUCAAAAUCCUAGCGGAAUGCUCCGCCAUUGCUCAGCAUCCGAGUAUCCCCAAGUUCCACAUUGACAGCGGUAUGACAAAGAUCAAGGGGAUGUUUCAAGGAAAAGAUGCCGUGAGUCGGCUGAUUGAUCAACUGCACAAUUUCCUUGGUCAGGAGAGUGUCAAGAACAUGAUUGCAAAUCCGAGAGUGUUCCAGGAGUCAGUGCCGCGAUUGGCCAUGAUUCUCAGUCGCCCCGAGUCGUAUGCUUCUCACCGGCUGUGGGUUGUACCGCGUAUCACCGACUACUCCCAGUCCACGUUCUAUCUCGACGUACAAAAUUGCGCGGCGGUCAACAUUCCUUUGAAGCAGUUGCAAUCCUUUGCCUCGAAACCAUUGGCUCCCAUCAAGCUCGAUUCGUUUGUCAGUAACCUAUCGCGGGCUCAAUUGGGAUUGCCGCCAGUAUCAGCGGCACUGCCAUUCGAUGUCAGUACGGUUCGUUCCUCGCAGACUCAUUGCUCUGUGGCAACCAUGAACCGUGUCAAGUCUGAUGUGUACAAAUACGCCGAAAAGACAAACUCGGAGCUCGCGCCCACACUGGUUGGCUUCACUCCUGCAGAGAUCCAGUCCUUCCAUACAAACCCCGCUGCCCUUAGCAAAGCCACGGCGCAGCUGAACAAACUGACCAAAUCUCUGAAUCAUGCAAUGGAGUUUGAUCGGAAGUCGCUCUGGAACCUGAUGAAUCGAUCCCUUGCUAUUGCAACCAGUGACGAGAGAAGCGAUACGCCAAGUGCAGGCGGCUCAGAUGGCGAAAUCAAGUUCAUGAAAUUCCGAUUGGGACAGGUCAGCGAACGAGAACCUGCUGCCUGGUUUGAGUUGUUGGUAGCAUCGAUCCUAUCCACCACGUCUGAGCACGAUAUUCGAUCCUUGAACCCGUACAUGUCGGGAGUGGCGUAUAAGACCGUGACGAGUUUGACAGUGGUGGCGAUGCUCACGUCGAUCAGGAUCAGUCAAACCCAUCGCGCGCUCACAAGUCUGUCCAAGCUGAUUCUGCAGCUGAGGAAGGUGAAUGUCGCCAACAAGCCUGAGGAGCGCCACAAGAUUGUUAUAGAGAUCAAGCUCCAGGCAUCCAAGGUGGCUCUGGAUGUUGCCAACGAGAGGCACUACAUGAAGAUGAACGCACAGAACCCAAAUUUCAUUGAGUUUGACCCUCGGUAUCUUGUCUUUGAAUUCACGUACUCACUGAUGCUGCGCAAGAGUCAAGUCAUCCUUGUGAACAAGCUCAUGAACAGCCUGCGAAAUGGCAAGUCAAUGUGUCAUCAAAUGAUCAUGGGAGCAGGAAAGACGACAGUCGUGACUCCGUUGCUUGCAUUGAUGCUGGCAGAUGGCAAAUCUCUUGUCACUCAGGUUGUCCCGCAUGCCCUGCUGGACUUUUCGCGAGGUGUGAUGAGAGAGAAGUUUGCAGCUGUUGUGAGGAAACCUGUCUUCACAUUCAAGUUUGAUCGCAGCACGACAAUCUCUCGGGAUCUCUACUUGAAGCUCUGCAAAGCCCGAGAUAGCAAGGCUGUCAUUUGUGCGACACCGACAAGUGUAAAGUCUUUCAUGCUGAAAUUUGUGGAGAUGAUGAAGAUCUUGGAAGAGAAGAAAUUCGGAAGGAAAACGUACAACCCCGGAAACAACGGAUUCUUCUCUAAUUUCUCCCUCUCGGCCAUUGCCAGGCGUUUCAAGGACCAGUCCGUCCUGGUGGACCUGAAUGUCGAGCCUCAGGAUGUGUACUACUGCGCCGAGAUCCUGAAGCUCUUCAAUACGGGUGUCCUGCUACUCGACGAAGUCGAUUUGAUUCUGCAUCCGCUCAAGAGUGAGCUCAACUGGCCCAUCGGACAAAAGGACCCCAUUGACUUUAGUCGUUCUAAACUUGGUAUGGGUCUUCGUUGGAAUAUUCAGUGGCACGCCUUGGAUGCUAUCUUCUACUACUCCAAGAAGAAGAUGUCAGUGGCUUUCAAGGAUAGUCGGGAAGCCAUAACCAUUUUGGAACAAAUAUCCAACAUGAUCCAACAGGGUAUUGCGGCGAAGCACAUGCAGCAAACGCCUCACUUGGUCCUGCUGAAUAAGGCAUACUAUCACAAGGAAUUGAAGCCCUUGAUUGCACGCUGGCAACUUCUUUACUUGAGAAACAAGAGGCUCCCGACGGUGGAUGAUAAGCAUCUUCUUUCCUACAUGAUCAAUGGGCCAAUGAAGGACCGGCAGGCAGCAUCUGCUGUCCAGGUCGCCCUCGACGAUGAGUACAUGAAGAUGCUGAAUCUCAGUCAUGAUAUUCUCAGGAACUACCUGCCUCAUGUCAUGUCAAAGAUCAAUCGAGUGAGCUUUGGCUUGCUGUCCAAAGCGGACCUAAAACUGUCGCUCGAGCAAGAACCAAACAUCUCCUUGACUCGAAGGCUCGCGGCCGUCCCGUUUGUUGGCAAAGACAUUCCAAGUCGGGCGAGUCAGUUCUCGCAGCCAGAUAUUGUCAUUGGCCUCACUAUCCUUGCCUACAGGUACGAAGGGCUUCGAUUUACUGAUUUUGAGAACGUCAUGAUGGAAUUACGAGAGCAGCUUGACUCUGAGUUUGGACCACUCCACAAGCGCCCAUCGGCGCUGCGAUACAAGGAAUGGGUGGAAGAAGCUGGCGGAAAGGUUCGCGGACCAAGAGAGGGCGAAAACGAAGGCGGUGACAAGGGAACUGCCGAUGCCUUCAAACGAGCUCCGAUGGGCCGUGUCGGUGGCAGAGGCGCAGACGACAUUUGGCCUCUGCACCUUUUGGAUUUGAAGGAUGAACAUCACAUGGGAGUUACAUUCAACCUGUUGAAGAACCUCCCUCACGUGAUGCAAUUCUACCUGGAAACUUUUGUCUUCCCACUUACCAUGGAACAUCACCACGAGAAGGUGAGCGCUUCCGGACAGGACCUUGGGGGGGACAUGUUGUUUGGAAGACGUGUUGGUUUCAGCGGAACCCCCAGCGACCUCCUUCCCGAAGAACUUGGUCAGUGUCAGUACGAUGACUGUGUCGACGGACAGAUUUUGGACUUUUUGAUGUCUGAAGCAAUCGUUUCGAGCAGGUUGCUUCGGUCUGAUUGGUCUGCCAAGAGCCUGCUCAACGAGAUUGCCACCGCCAACCCGCCGUUCCAUGCUCUUCUCGACUGUGGUGCUUUGGUGACCGGUAUGAGCAAUCUUGACGUGGCACGAUACUUGCUCACAAAUGGCCUGCCCAAUGAAUUCGAUGGAGUGGUGUUCUUGGAUCACAAGGAUCGCAAAAUGAUCUUGAUGAGACAUGGCUUGAACGUUGUUCGACUGAAUCAAGCUGGUAUUCCGCCUCACCGUCGAUUCUCAUUCUACGAUCAAAUCCACACCACGGGCAUGGAUAUUCACCAAACUAUCAAUGCAAGGGCUGUGCUCACCCUGGGUAAAGACAUGACCUUCCGUGAUUAUGCACAGGGUGCUUUCAGGAUGAGGGGUAUUGGAAAGGGGCAAACCAUUGAGCUCUUUGUUAUUCCUGAGGUGAUGCGUUUGGUCAAUGAUCAGUUUCAGAAAGUGCAGGCCGGACGGGCAAAGGCCAAUGCACAGCAACAACAAGCGAGACCACCAGCUCCGGCGCCAAAUCCAAAUUCGUACGGCUCGGAUCUUUUGUCUUUGUCAGACCCGUUGUCUGUGUCCACGCCAUACACGCCAGUGACAGGAGCAGCAGCCAACCAGGGAAGACAGCUGUUGAUCAAUGUUGCUGCAUGGUUGACCAUCAACGGCAUGAAGAGCGAAAACAUGCAAUUCCGAAUGCUGUGUCAUCAGAGCAUCGACAACGUCUCGAGAAAGAAAGCAUAUCAUCUAAUGGCUGCUUGCUAUCGAGAACUCACACAGCUUGCCUUUGCAUCCCGUGUGAAGGAGUACUUGCCCGGCAGCGGCGGAAGUCCUGCAAAGGCUCCCAAAGCCAGUGACAUUGCGAGCGACGUGGAGCCAAAGAAGACAGCAAACAGUAUGCUCUUUACGGAUGAUGCUGAAGCGAUUCGGUCGGUAGUGUGGGCAGGAACCGGCGGUGGUGCCAAUCGGCUUGGUGUUGUCGGUAUUGAUAAGAUCCAACAGAGUGUCGACAUUCUUACAGAGCGAUUGGACUUCACUGUCCAGAAUAGCAUUCCGUUGCCGGUUCCUCUAUCUGAUACUCUUCGCAAUAGUAUCCUGCGACGAAAAGACUUCAUCACAACAGAUUACGACAAGGCAGUGGUGGACAAGAUUUUGAUGGUGCUGGUCAACAGCGAGGGACUCGCCAAGAAAAAGUUCGGAGAAGCCUCAGUGGCCGAAGCUGCAGAAGAAGAGCAAGACGCAAAUCUCCAGAAGGAGCAGGUUGCGGAGGAAGAAGUUCUCAAAGAACAGGAGGAAGAGGAGGAAGAAGAAGAGGAGGAAGAGGAAGAAGAAGAGGAGGAAGAAGUGGUGAACGAAGCUCCCAAGAAAAAGAAGUAUUCGCGAGACGGAGAGAACCCAACCCCUUGGAAAGUGGAAUCCCUCGCAUACAAUCAAGGCGAGAAGAAAAAACAGGGUGUCCUUGCAACUCUCAUGGCAGAUGUCAAGAGUUGGGAGAAGUACUUUUAUCCUGCUAGCAAGUUCUCCGUCAAGAAUUACUUGUUCUCCAAGGGGGUUGCUCUUGAGUUCCCUGAAUAUAUGUACAUUUCCACGAAUUACUACCAGCAACUUUGGAGCACGAAGACUCAUCGUCGAUUGAAGAAUGUCAUUGUAACCAUGGACUUUGUGCCCUCCAAGGCCGCCGUGAAAGAGGUCGCUGCUGUCGGAAAGCCUUUCUCGGACGAACAAGAGGCCAGCUUGAAGCGGGCAUUCCUUGGCACAAACAACGAAAGCAGGGGCUCGAUCUCAGUGACUGAGUUGAAGGAAGUGUUGCGAGCUGUCGAUGUGGACGUGGACGGAGAAGACGGAGACAAGUUCUUCUCACAGAUGCCAGACUUGCAAGGUCGAGCCAUUACAUUCGAUGAAUUGAAACACUACCUGACCCAAAGAAUGUUCUAUCGAGUGCAGGCAGGUCGACACUACGUUGCCCUUUCGCUAUUUGAAGCUGAGUGUAUGCGUGCCGUAAUGCACCAACAGGCCGGCCUUUCCCUUAUCCCUGGGGCCGAUACUACGGUUGCUUUGCGAACCGAAAAAACGACGCUCGACACCACCUAUGGCUAUGAGCCAGCCCAGAGCUUCCAGGAUGGAACCGCUUACUCAUGCUUCCGUUUCAUUGACAGCCAGAUUGCAUACCAACCUCGUGAGCUCAGCUUAUUGCUCCGAGCACUCCAGAACAACGACUGUGAGCGACGUUACAACUACUUUGUUGAAGUCCGCAGUAAUCGACGACGCAAGCAGAAGGAUCCCGCAACGACAGCACUUUCCAAGAUCUUUAUCACCGCUGACGAGCAUCAUCUUCUCAACUACAAGAUUGCAGCCGGUAGAAUUACGGCGCUGCUCAAGUCUCGAGGAAUGUACCCCCGCGACUGCUUCGCAGCAAUUGAUCGAGACCGUGACGGUCUUCUGGGUUUGGAGGAUCUGAAGCGCGGUCUUGACUGGCUUGGUUUGAAGAUCGAUCACGUUGUGUUGCUGGGCUUUGUGAAAGAACUGGACAAAGACCAGGAUGGCUUUAUCAACCUGGACGAAUUCAAAGGAGCUGUUGGCUUUGAAGAUGAUGGUACGAUGGCACAGAAUAUGGCAGCUUUCAAUGGCGGAAUGCCUCUGCCACCGAUGCCCUCAGAUGAUCAAACAAAGGCCAUUGUCAAGAUCCCUGAGCCAGUGCUUGCAGCCAUCAAGGUGAAGGUCAAAAAGGUCACCAAAUUCAAUCAGAUCUGGACAAGCCAAGGCAGCAUGAGUCGCCAAAAGAUCAGCAUUUGGGAACCCGUGGUGUCAAGCACCAUCCUUCGACAAAAUAAAGUUUCAAUUUCGAUGGGCCACUUCCAUGGCAAGAACUACGACAAUCCGAAUCGUGACAAUGCUGAGCGUCUGUGUCUGGAAGUGACGGAUACGACGGGCAGCUGGGUGGGUGGCAGUAGCUGGCUGCCUCAUGUCCUGAAUCGGUACAUGCCUCAUCCUGCUCGGUUCCGCCAGGCUUGGAGCAUUACGCACGGAAGCAACCCUUUCUAUGCCUGGGAGCCGGUUCCUCCGGCUGACGAAUUUAUAGCACUUGGAUUUGUGGGAACCAAGAGCGACAGUCCUCCUGAUGUCAAGUCUAUUCGAUGUGUACCUCGUGAUUGGUGCAAAGAGACUGGCUUCAUGCAAAAGAUUUGGGAUGACAGUGGUUCAUCCGGGCGCCAGGGAAGCAUCUGGGUAUUCAAUCGGCUGUACUUGAUUGGAUUUGUCAGUGGCAGCGAUCCUCCAGUGCGAAAACCUUGGGAUCUGAAGGCCAGGAGAUUCUUCUUGCGUCAAUUCAGCGAUACCAAACGACAGGAUGUCAGUGCUAGUGGAGGGGGCUACACAGCACCAAAAGAUCAGAAGUAA